UCACGCGCUGUGAGGUCGGUGCGGCGUGUAGGAGACAGAUUGAGUGGUCGAUCCUUUGUUCCGCCAAUAAAUUUAUCAUUUACGCAUUGUAUUGUGUGCACGUUUCUCUGAUCGGUGAUGCGAAGAAAUUUGACGCAAUUCGCGGGAUGCUAAUGCUUUUGGUGUCAAGUUCGAUUCGCUGCAGUGCUCGCAAGGUGUUUGACGCAAUGCGUCCUCCGAUCUGCAGGGGACAACGGGGUGUUGCACGACGCGGCGCCUGAGUUCAGCGCGCGCCCACGGGGCAUAGGCGAGAACCAUGUCGGUACCAGAGCCCGCAGAGCGUGACCGGCUGAGCGAGCUGCCCGAUGACCUCCUGCACCUCAUCCUGCGCUUCCUGGACACGCGCCAAGUCGUCACCGAACUCAGCUUCCUGUCACGACGGUGGCGGUACCUGUGGGCGACCUUGCCCUUCAUCACACUGCGGUCUGGCUACAACGUCUCUGAGAAGUUCGGGAACUUGCUGUUGCUGCUUCGUGAUGGGAGCGUACCACUGCGCACGUUCUGCCUUCACAGCUGCCACUUGAAUAACUUUGAGUACGAGGAUAGGUGGCUCCGCCAUGCCCUGACCCGUGGACUCUCUGUGCUGGAAUUAAAUCUCAGCUGCAUUUACUGCUUCCAUCUUCCUGAGUGUGUCUUCAGCUGCGCAACCCUUGAGGAGUUCAACCUGUUAGCCACCACAGCUAUGGAGAGUAUUGCGCCCAGGUCGGUCUGUCUCCCGUGCCUGAAGAAGCUGCACCUGCACUUUGUGCAUUUUGAUGAUCCAUCCGUGGCAGAGAAAAUCAACUCUGGCUGUCCAGCACUUGAAGACUUGAGUUUAUCCGAGUGCUCACUUGGUUCAUUCAAGAUAUCAUCUGACACUCUCAAGAUUCUAUCCAUUACUAACUGCAAUUCCGAGGAGCUUCAUGUUUCUGCUCCUAACCUUUGUUCCCUGAGGUUAACUGUUUCCGGGAAAGUUCAUCUUGAUGGAAUGCCAUUUCUGGUGAGUGCAUGGGUGUACCUUUGUGAUGGAGGAGUUCAGUACCUUGCUCAGAGUGGAUAUGAUCUCGCUGCAGCACUUUGCAAUGCCCAGCAUCUUGAGCUAUUCAGAUUUAAUUUGUUUCUCCAGGAUAUAACGGGAAGUCCAGCUCUCGAAGGCCUAUCAUUUUGCAAAUUGGAGAGCCUGUUUAUUGGAGAAUGGUGGGUCGCUGACUUUUAUGGUCCAUUAGCUUAUUUUCUCCAGUGCGCUCCUAAUUUGGUUGCUCUUACUCUGGACCAGUGGAAGUUGUAUCAAAUACAUAAUGGGAAGACCAAUCUGGAGGCCCUGGAAAAGGAGCCAAAAGUUGAGCUGAAACUGGUGUCUGCUCUGACCAGAGACCUUGAGACGCUUCUGAUCAGACUCUCGAAGGGUGAUGACAUUGGAGAAUUCCGCAAAGUGAGGCGCUUGUUGAAGGAGAAGACAAAGCCUAAGGAGACAGAUAGUGUGGUUUUAGACCCUUUUUUUUAGCAGGCAGCUUCUUUGCAUUACUAAGUGCUACUGUUCAUCGAUCUCCCAAAUCAGGGUCUGCAUCAGUUACCUGUGCCGCCAUUUGUAACCGCAAUAGUGCCUUGCUUCGGGAAGUCUGUACUUGGUUAUUAGCAUUGUGCUAAAUUAUCAGGACAUUAUUAAGUGCUUUAGGACAUCGAUCAACGUGUUGAUCACUAUCAAUUUUAGAUUAUGGGCUCUUGAUGUACUUUAAUCUCUUGAGUAUUUGACUCGACUCUGUUUCGACCUGA